UGUAACGGACGCCGCUACCAGGGCAUAUUCGUUUCUGGGCUCUCGUGAAGAGUUAGCGUGUACCUUGUCGUUCGUUCGAUUAUCGCAGUAAGCUUCGAAAAGAUCCAACAAACUACCGAGCAACAUGAGGGAAAUCGUCCACAUUCAAGCCGGCCAGUGCGGUAACCAGAUUGGCGCAAAGUUUUGGGAAAUCAUCAGUGACGAGCAUGGCAUCGACCCAACCGGCACCUAUCACGGCGACUCCGACUUACAACUGGAGAGAAUCAACGUGUACUACAACGAGGCAUCCGGUGGUAAAUACGUGCCACGUGCCAUCCUCGUCGAUUUGGAGCCGGGCACCAUGGAUUCCGUUCGCUCGGGACCAUUCGGACAGAUCUUCAGACCGGACAACUUCGUGUUUGGACAGUCUGGAGCGGGUAAUAAUUGGGCGAAAGGUCACUACACCGAGGGCGCGGAACUGGUCGACUCUGUCCUCGACGUAGUGAGGAAGGAGGCCGAAAGCUGCGACUGUCUGCAAGGAUUCCAGCUGACUCACUCUCUCGGCGGUGGUACCGGAUCCGGUAUGGGAACCCUGCUCAUCUCCAAGAUCCGUGAAGAAUACCCCGACAGAAUCAUGAACACAUACUCCGUGGUACCGUCUCCCAAAGUAUCAGACACUGUCGUAGAACCGUACAACGCCACCCUCUCCGUGCAUCAGCUGGUAGAAAACACAGACGAAACGUAUUGCAUCGACAACGAAGCCCUUUACGAUAUUUGCUUCCGCACUCUGAAACUGUCCACGCCUACCUACGGUGAUCUGAAUCAUCUCGUCUCCCUCACAAUGUCCGGUGUGACAACCUGCCUCAGGUUCCCUGGUCAGUUGAACGCGGAUUUGCGAAAGCUAGCCGUCAACAUGGUCCCCUUCCCCCGUCUCCACUUCUUCAUGCCAGGUUUCGCUCCACUCACAUCCCGCGGCAGCCAACAGUACAGGGCCCUCUCCGUUCCGGAGCUUACACAACAGAUGUUCGACGCCAAGAACAUGAUGGCUGCUUGUGACCCCAGGCACGGAAGGUACCUCACCGUAGCAGCUAUUUUCCGCGGCAGAAUGUCCAUGAAGGAAGUCGACGAGCAGAUGCUCAACAUUCAGAACAAGAACAGCUCCUACUUCGUCGAAUGGAUCCCGAACAACGUGAAGACAGCCGUCUGCGACAUCCCCCCUCGUGGCUUGAAAAUGUCCGCCACCUUCAUCGGCAACUCGACCGCGAUCCAGGAGUUGUUCAAACGUAUCUCCGAACAGUUCACCGCCAUGUUCAGGAGAAAAGCUUUCUUGCAUUGGUACACCGGCGAGGGUAUGGACGAGAUGGAAUUCACCGAGGCUGAGUCGAACAUGAACGAUCUGGUUUCGGAGUACCAACAGUAUCAGGAAGCCACCGCAGACGAAGACGCGGAAUUCGACGAAGAGCAGGAAGCCGAGGUCGACGAGAAUUAAACACCAUCACCUACUUACUCUCUAUUCUACUACUAUUACUACUACUACUUACUA